AUGACGGAAAGAAACAGUACCAUCCCAGGAGUACGCAAUGUCGCCCGUCGUCGAGAGACCAUAUUCCGGAAAUGCCAUGAGCUCAGCAAGUUCGGAGUCGGUGUUUGGGUCGUAAUCUGCACCGGGGCGCGCGACACAAUGUUCAAAUCAUCCAACACUGCGCUUUUCGAACAGCUGGACCGCCAAAUGAUCCGGGCUUCCCGCCGGCCAGUAUGGAAGUACAGCAGUGACUACGAUCGGCUACCGCGCGGAAACCGACCACUGCGAUUGAUUGACCGCCUCAGGUAG